UGCUAUGGGAUGGAUGAGGAAGAAGACCACUAUGUUGCGCAGCUCAGGAAAGUCUAUGACAGCUGCGACACCACGGGGACAGGCUUUCUGGACCAUGAAGAGCUGACCCAACUCUGCCUUAAGCUCCACCUGGAGAAGCAGCUGCCCAUCCUUCUGCAGACUCUUCUUGGAGAUGACCACUUUGCCAGGGUUAACUUUGAGGAAUUUAAGGAAGGUUUUGUGGCCCUGUUGUCAUCAAAUGCUGGGACUGGCCCUUUGGAUGAUGAAGGUAAUUCUUUGGAAUCAGCUGCCUCCUGUGUUGUCCCACCAAAGUAUGUGAGUGGCUCUAAGUGGUAUGGCCGUCGCAGCCGGCCUGAGCGGUGUGACACUGCCACCGAGGCCAGACACACACCAGAGCAGCAGACCAGGGCCAGCCUGAGAAGCCAGCUUCGGCGCUCCGCAUCACUGGAAAGCGUGGAGAGUCUCAAGUCAGAUGAAGAAGCCGAGAGUACUAAAGAACCGCAGAAUGAAUCAUUCGAAGCACAAGGCCAGAUGCAGACCUGGGGCUUGGAGGCCUUUGGGAGCCCCCGGAAGCCCUGCAGCCCCUCCUUUGCCAGCCCUGAGAGCCAGGUCCGGGGCAUUUGGGAGGAGCUGGGGGUCGGCAGCAGUGGACACCUGAGUGAGCAGGAGCUGGCCGUGGUCUGCCAGAGUGUCGGGCUCCGAGGACUCAAGAAAGAGGAGCUUGAGGACCUGUUUAACAAACUGGAUCAAGACGGAGACGGCAGAGUGAGUCUUGAGGAAUUUCAACUUGGCCUGUUCAGUCAUGAGCCCACUUCACUUCUGGAUUCUUCUACUCAGGUCAAACCCAGCAGGCCCUGGUCUCAUUACCAGGUCCCAGAGGAGACUGGUGGCCACACCACCACCACGACCUCGUCCCUCGUUUCCCUGUGUUCAGGCCUGCGCCUCUUCUCCAGCAUUGACGAUGGUACUGGCUUCGCUUUCCCUGAGCAGGUCCUGGCCAUGUGGGCUCAGGAGGGGAUUCCGAACGGCAGCGAGAUCCUGCAGAGCCUGGACUUUAGUGUAGAUGAGAAGGUGAACCUUCUGGAGUUGACCUGGGCCCUCGACAGCGAGCUCAUGGCUGUGGAUGGCGCCAUCCAGCAGGCAGCCCUGGCCUGCUACCGCCAGGAGCUGAGCUACCACCAAGAGCAGACGGAGCAGCUGGCCAGGGAGCGAGACAAGGCCAGGCAGGACCUUGAGAGGACUGAGAAGAGGAACCUGGACUUUGUGAAAGAGAUGGACGACUGCCACUCCGCCCUGGAGCAGCUCACAGAGAAGAAAAUCCAGCACCUGGAGCAGGGCUACAGGGGAAGGCUGACCCUGCUGCGCUCCGAAGUGGAGGCUGAGCGAGAGCUGUUUUGGGAGCAGGCCCGUAGGCAGAAGGCUGUGCUGGAGCGGGACGUGGGGCGUCUGCAGACCGAGGAGGCCAGCCUCCGCCAGAAACUAACUCUGGCCUUGAAGGAAAACAGUCGCUUGCAGAAGGAGAUUCUGGAGGUGGUAGGGAAGCUUUCGGAUUCGGAGAAGCUGGUCCUGAAGCUGCAAGGCGACCUGGAGUUUGUGUUGAAGGACAAGCUGGAGCCGCAGAGUGAGGAGUUCCUGGUUCAGGAGGAGCAGUUCGCAGCAGUCCUGCGGGAGUACGAACUCAAGUGCCGGGACCUGCAGGACCACAAUGACGAGCUAGAGGUUGCGCUGGAGGGCCUGCGGGCACGGCUGCCCGAGAAUGGACAUAACCUCGCAGGCAUCUCAUCUGCGGGUGACUGUGCUCCCGUGAGUGUAGACACGGAGAUCAUGAUGGAGCAGGUUAAGGAACACUGUCACAACCUCAGCAUCCAACUGGAGACCAAGGUAAAUCACUAUGAGAGGGAAAUUGAGGUGAUAAAAAGGAACUUUGAGAAGGAGAGGAAGGAGAUGGAGCAGGCCCAUGAGCGCGAGGUCCAUGCACUGGAGGGCCAGAGAGCCGACCUGGAGAAGCUGCACGAGAAGUCGCGGGAGGUCAUCCAGGGUCUGCAGGAACAACUGCGGGACACGGCCCCCCAGCCCGGGCCCUGCUGUGCACGGGCUCUGUCGGGCCUGGCCCUGCAACUGGAGGAGGAGCUGUCCUUGCGGCGGGCCAGAAUAGAGUUUCAUAGGCUUGCUGAAGAAAACACUGUGUUGAAAAAUGAUCUUGGAAAGACUCAGCAAGAACUUGAAGCUGCAGAAAGCGCAAAUGACACACAGAGGAAGGAAAUUGAGGUUUUAAAGAAAGACAAGGAAAAGGCCUGCUCUGACAUGGAAGAACUCAACAAACAGAAUCAGAAAUACAAGAAUGAAUUGUCCCAGCUCAAGCACAGGGUCCUUCAGUUGGCAGAGGCGGCCUCUACACCCCAGGCCCGGGAAGAGGAGCAUCACGUCUCGAUUCAGCAGCUGACGCGGAGCCUGGAGGCGGCCAGGCAGCAAGGGGUGCAGCAGCGAGAUCAGAUCCAAAAACUUGAAGCUGAACUUGAAUGCAUGAACCAGGAGUGUCAGAGCCUGCGACUGUCACAGUCAGAACUGAUGAAGACUGUCAGGGAGAGUCGAGAUCAGCUGCAGGAUGCCCACCAGAGGCUGAGGCUGGCACAAGCCCAGCAUGCCGAAGAAAGCCAGCGGCUGGUGCCCUGGGAGCGUGUGGCCGAACUGCAGCGCCUGCUCCAUCUCCAGGGAGAGCAGGCAAUGAGGCGCCUGGAUGCACAGCGGGAGGAGCACGAGAAGCAGCUGGAAGCCACAGUGACACGACUGGGAGAGGCAGAGACAGCCCUGCAGAGUGCAGAGACACUACUACAGGAGACCAUGGAUGAGCUGAAGGCACAGCUUGAAAGGAACACAAAGUCUGACCUGCUGCUCAAGGAGCUGUACGUGGAGAACGCGCACCUGGUGAAGGCGCUUCAGGUUACUGAGGAGAAGCAGCGAGGGGCUGAGAAAAAAGGCCGUGUCUUGGAAGAAAAAGUUCGAGCUCUCAACAAACUUAUCGGUAAGAUUGCUCCUGCAGCCCUCUCUGUGUAA